GAUGGCGAAAAUGCAUCUGCCGAGGAAAACACCGAAGAGGCAGAGGCUCCAUCUUCAUCCAAAAAGGCAUCUGGGAAAUCCCAAAGUCAGGAUGAAACUGAUGGAGAAACUUCGGAUGGCGUCAGUAAAUCUGUUCAUCGGGUCUUUGCGUCCAUGCUUGGGGAAAAUGAAGAGGAGGAUGAGGAUGAAGAAGAAGAGGAAGAAGAAGAAGAGGAAGAAGAAACUACUGAGCAACCCACAGCUGGAGAUGUUUUUGUGUUGGAGAUGGUACUUAAUCGAGAGACCAAGAAAAUGAUGAAAGAGAAAAGACCUCGCAGCAAACUUCCUCGUGCCUUGAGGGGUCUGAUGGGAGAGGCCAAUAUCAGGUUUGCUCGAGGAGAACGUGAGGAGGCUAUUCUGAUGUGCAUGGAGAUCAUUCGACAAGCUCCUCUUGCUCAUGAGCCAUUUUCCACUCUCGCCAUGAUCUAUGAAGACCAGGGUGAUAUGGAGAAGUCUUUACAGUUUGAACUGAUUGCAGCUCACUUAAAUCCCAGUGAUACUGAGGAAUGGGUGAGACUAGCAGAAAUGUCACUGGAACAGGACAACAUUAAACAGGCUGUUUUUUGCUACACUAAAGCUCUGAAAUAUGACCCAACCAAUGUGCGGUAUCUAUGGGAGAGAUCAAGCCUGUAUGAACAGUUGGGGGAACACAAGAUGGCUAUGGAUGGCUACAGGCGUAUUUUGAAUCUCCUAUCUCCCUCUGAUGGAGAGCGCUUUAUGCAGUUGGCUAGAGACAUGGCAAAGAGUUAUUAUGAAGCCAAUGAUGUCACCUCUGCUAUUGAGAUAAUAGAAGAAGCGUUCACUAAACACCAGAGCCUUGUCUCCAUGGAAGAUGUUAACAUCGCAGCCGAACUAUAUAUUUCUUCCAAACAGUAUGACAAAGCAUUGGCGGUUAUUACAGAUUUUGCAGGAAUUGUACUUGAAAAGAAAGUAUCAGAAAAAAGUCCAGCCGAGGAGAAAAAAGAUACAGGGGCAGCGGUAGAAACUCAGGAAAGCCAGGAGGCAGUGACUGACGACCAAAAUCACCCAGUUGCUGAAUCCAAUGCUGCAGCUGUGGAGAAGGUCAGCUGCUGCAUACCUGAGGGUGUUCCCAUUGACAUCACAGUCAAGCUGAUGGUGUGCUUGGUUCACUUGAACAUUCUAGAGCCACUCAAUCCUCUUUUGACCACUCUGGUGGAACAAAAUCCAGAAGAAAUGGGUGACUUGUAUUUGGACGUCGCAGAGGCAUUUCUGGAUGUUGGAGAAUAUAACUCAGCACUGCCUCUCUUGAGUUCCCUUGUCUGUUCAGAACGAUACAACUUGGCUGUUGUCUGGCUUCGGCAUGCAGAGUGCUUGAAGGCUUUGGGACAUAUGGAACGUGCUGCAGAGAGCUAUGCCAAAGUCGUUGAUCUUGCUCCAUUGCAUCUGGAUGCAAGAAUCUCACUUUCAACACUUCAGCAGCAGCUGGGCCGACCUGAAAAAGCUCUGGAGGCUCUGGAACCAAUGUAUGAUCCAGACACACUGGCUCAGGAUGCUAACGCUGCCCAGCAGGAAUUAAAGCUACUCCUCCAUCGUUCGACACUGUUGUAUUCCCAAGGCAAAAUGUAUGGGUACACAGACACUUUGCUUACAAUGCUGGCAAUGCUGUUGAAGGUAGCAAUGAGCAGAGCUCAGGUGUGUUUGAUAUCUAGUUCCAAAUCUGGAGAGAGACACCUCUAUCUUAUUAAGGUGUCAAGGGAUAAAAUUUCUGACAAUGACGACCAAGAGACAGCAAAUUGCGAUGCAAAAGCAAUUUUUGCAGUUCUCACGAGUGUUCUGACAAAAGAUGACUGGUGGAACCUCCUCCUGAAGGCGAUAUAUUCCUUGUGCGACCUUUCCCGGUACAAGGAGGCAGAGCUACUUGUGGAUUCCUCAUUGGAAUAUUAUUCAUUUUAUGAUGAUAGACAAAAGCGCAAGGAGCUGGAAUACUUUGGGCUCUCCGCUGCCAUUUUGGACAAGAACUUCAGAAAAGCGUACAACUAUAUCAGAAUCAUGGUAAUGGAAAAUGUCAAUAAGCCUCAGCUAUGGAACAUCUUCAAUCAAGUUACUAUGCAGUCUCAGGAUGUCCGUCACCAUCGCUUUUGUCUCCGUUUGAUGCUGAAAAAUCCUGAUAAUCACGCAUUGUGUGUCCUAAACGGGCAUAAUGCGUUUGUAUCUGGCAGUUUCAAGCAUGCUCUUGGACAGUAUGUGCAAGCCUUUCGUACAAACCCAGAUGAACCUCUGUACAGUCUUUGUAUUGGCUUGACUUUCAUCCACAUGGCUUCUCAGAAAUACGUGUUGAAAAGGCAUGCUCUUCUGGUACAGGGAUUCUCUUUCCUUCACCGGUACCUGGACCUGCGUGGGCCAUGUCAAGAGUCUUUCUACAACCUUGGCCGUGGCCUUCACCAGCUGGGACUACUGCACCUGGCAAUCCACUAUUACCAAAAAGUACUUGAACUUCCUCCUCUCACCUUAGAGGGAAUAGAAACUGAUCAGACAGACUUGAGAAGAGAUACUGCCUUUAACUUGUCACUUAUUUAUCAGAGCAGUGGAAAUACUAGAAUGGCUCAAAAGAUGUUGUAUACCUACGCUGUUGUAUGAUGAGGUUUGGAAGGUGGAACUGAU